GACGGACACGGUUCUCAUUCUCGACCAUGCUAUUCGAUUUACCGUUUUUGAACUUGCAUUCUUCAUACAGGCCGUCGCUAUAAUGAGGUAAGAUGGCGAAGUGAAAAUUUAACGGGUAUGGAGAACAAUUCGGCUAGCUGCAGCUUUGGUGUGGUUACCUUCGGCAUACGUAAAACGAGAUAAAUUUUGAAGCCGUAAGUGGAGUAAAAUUGAAACGUAAAAUUUUGGUAGUCUACAUCCUUUUGCUUCCAUCUAAUGAGUCAUUGGCAAAUGUACGUUGGAAUUUCUUUAAUUAUUUGGCUAUUAUCCAUCUGAUAUGACGGGAAUUAGCACAUAUGAUGAAGUAAAUUUCUUCCCUAUCUUCCACGCAUUGUUUCCACGAAAGCUGGAAAAUUUUCUAGCGUUGAUGAAACCAAUGAACUACGUCACAAGUUGGUUCCUAUGAAUGUAUGUUAACCAUGAAAUUUAUAAACACUAGUGGAAGCACAUCGUUUUACAUAUCGUUCAAACUCGUUUUAAACUUGUUAUUUGUAGUAAUAUGAUACUUAUCAUAAUUGCCAAAUAUUUGGAUAGCCAACGAAAAACAUCAGCAUGCAUAUAUUUUUCAUUAAGUUACGAGUAGUUUCAAUCAAUAAAGAUUUCGUCUUAAUCACCGGCCCCACACGGAAAGCAUCUCCACCCCAUCAAUCUUCUCGCGCCCCUAACCGCAAACCCCAAGCCAAUGAUGUCGUAGCAACACUAGAUUCGCGAGAGACUUCUUCACCCCCGCCAAACACACAAUGUGAUGGCACACACGCAGCGUUCCCAAUAAAUCAACUGUGACAAAUAAAGCGAACAAGAACAAGCCGAAAAACCUACUACGAAACAAAGUGAUUUGAGCAAGUGAGGAGUGAUUUCGAGGGGCGUAGGAACGCGACAAAUUUGUCUGGCGUGUUCCAUUGUUAACCGGGUCCGGGAUACCCGGUGUGUGGUGUGAGGUGGGCGACAGUGUUUAUGUGAUUGGCGCCCUGUAUCAGUGGUCAGUGAGCAGAAAAGUGUCCUACGCAGUUGCCAUAAACGACGGUAGUGGAAUAUCAAUAGAUCUUCUCCGGUGUGACAAAGUUAUUGUUGCCUGUUGAUUUCUUAGAAGAAAAGAAGAACCGACAAUGGCUAAGGCGGGAUCAUAUUUUCCAACUCGAAGGACAAUCAUUGGAAUGGCAGUGCUGCUAUGUAUGACAGAACUACAUCGUACAACGGCGUACGUCCGGGAUCUGAGCAGUAGCAGCAACAGCAGCCUCUCGGUGGCCAGGCGACACCAUCCAAAAGACGGCGACUACAGCAGGAAUCUCCCUCACCACAUAAAUCAUCACGCUCGAGCUGGUCGCACCAGUAGAAGCAACUACAACAACAGCGGUGGCGCCAGUAGCCCCGGCCGCAGUAAUAACGAUCUUGUCCGAAUAGGUGCCAACUCUAAGCCGACGAAUCGAUAUGGACCGGGCGGCAAAACUCAGUACAUGUACGAGCACGUCCAGAGUGGGUCAGUAAUGCUACCGAAGGGAGGAAGAACGUUUCUUGAGCCGGACCAGAACAAGACCUUGGCAUACACCGCCAAGCUGGAUACCACGGUUCACCGCCAGAAACCGCACAUGCACAGGAAUCGGCAGCAUCGACCAUGGUCACACCACACAGACCGGUCAACAACGGUAGCCAAGGGUCGCCGCUCGCACGACCCGAGUGUUAAAUCGACCGUUGUCAACGGACUUUGCAUCAAGUGUCCCGCCGAGAAAACUGCCAUCGCACGCAAAGGCCUAGACGGUGUUCUGAUCGAGCCACCGAUGUUGACAACGUGUCGCAAUCAGCCAAUCUCGCGUGACCUAUACGAGCUGGAAACGCUGUUCGGCACCAAGCUCAACUUUAUCCUACCGCAUUCGAACGGUGGCGACCCGUUUUCGUUCCUAGCCAAGAUUGUCAACAAGCGCAGCGGGAAGGUCGUGCAGACGUGCGAUUUGCGCUACAAAGUCAUUGUGAAGCAGUGCGGAAAGUACUACCCGAAAAACAAGGAUCUCAAGGUGGCAUGCGAUUUGGGGAACAUUUGGGGAUCUAGGUGCACCUUCCACUGCCGAAACGAAGGCUACCUGAGCAGACAGAACGCGUUCGUCGAGUGCAGCGAGGAGCAAACCUGGCAGGGGGAGGAACCGUACUGCAUGUAUAAUGAAGUCUCCGAUGACUACGCGUACGACAGCGACGCUCCGCCCACACCGGACUGCACGUAUCUGAUCCCGCCCAACAACGGUCGGUUCGCGUGCGAAAUGAAACCCUCCGCAGCCACCAGCGCCAACGAUCUCUACGUCCCCAGUGGUACCGUCUGCCGGAUCAAGUGCAACGAACACUUCGAGAUUCCGGCCCAUCUGCAGCCGGCAUCGGUGUUCCACUGCGAGGAGGGCCGUUGGAACUCGACGAUGAGGCACUUCUGCCACAAACCGGGCGCCACGGUGAGCGUUGGUAUGCAUCGGAAACGAAGUUACGGUUAGUCGCUCACCUAGUUGUACCGGGCGGCAGCGACAGUGUAGUUUUCUAAGAUUGUAUUACAACUAGAUAAAAACGCUUGAUUUAUUGCUUUGUAACGGGCGCGAACUUAAAUUGAAUGUGAUUUUGUGAAUCGAGAAUGAAGAAAUGACAUUCUUUCCCUGUGGGUCGAGUAAGGAUGGGAAGAAGUAAAAGAAAAACUAGGAGUCCUCUGGCAGACGUAUGGCGUUUCAGUUUGUAAAAGUGAACGAUUUAUGACUGUUGUGUUGUUGCAUAGUGCACACCUUUUGCUCUCCAGUGGAGAGCAGUUUCGGUAAAGCAUGUUUUAUAAAGAUGAAACUAAAUGUUGAGAUUUGAUGUGUGUAUUUAAAUAAUAAAUAUUAUGUCGCAGAAAACGAUUAACUUCGAAUAGAAGCUUAUUACAGAAUCUUACAUUGUAGUGAUUUUAAAAUACAAAUAGGGUGCGGGCACCGGUUUUGGCCAGUCUAAGGGAAAUCAUUUUUAAAAAAAUAACCAAUAAUCCUAUGAAAACAACCAAUGCGUCAAAUAAAAGGUUUCAAUGUAUAUUUUGAAGGAAAAAUGCAGAAAUCAAGCCAAUACUUGAUUUUUGUAUUAAAAGUGGCACUGGCCAAAAUAGAAGCUCUGCCGCAGUUUUGGCCAUAUUCUUAAGUUUGGUUUCUAUUUUGGCCAAUCACGUGUAUUUCUUAUGAGAGUGGCCAAAUUAGAUGCACCCUGGCCAAAAUAGAUAUAUGGGAGCGGAUUUUUUAAGGAAAUAUAUUUUUUUCUUCCAGUUUUUAAUCAAAAUGUGAGGUUUUCACAGCUGUAAUCAUCAUAUUGUAUUAGGAUCUACUAGUAAAAAUUAAAUUUACGCCGAUUUAGAUCACAACAGGCUCAAUACCGCACUAUGGCCAAAACUCCGGGCUGGCCAAAACUGAAGCUUCUACCCUAUUCUGUUUGAGAAACGAAAAUUAAAAUACAAUUUGAUACUUACCA